CGACGUAUCUUUUCCAACCCGGAAGUCGAAGUGCUUCGGUUUGCAACCAACCUGCAGUCGUUUGAACCAAGUUCUGUCCGUGUUUGAUUGUUAGCACUGAGGUGUAAAGAUGCUGUCCAUGUUCAAGUCGAUCCCCUCGCACAUGGAUUAUAAAGGCCAGAAACUGGCUGAACAGAUUUUCCAAGGAAUAAUACUCAUCUCAGCGACUAUUGGAUUCGUGUAUGGUCUGAUCAUUGAACAGUUUGGGUGGACAGUGUACAUCGUCAUGGCUGGCUUUGCUGUAUCCUGUGUGUUGACGCUGCCUCCAUGGCCCAUGUACAGAAAUAAUCCUCUGUCCUGGCAGCCAAUUAUACCAGAGACCUGCGGGGAGUCCAGCCAAAAACCUCAGGAAACUCUCAAGAAGAAGAAACACAAGUAACUCACAUCUGUCCCUUCCCCGGCUGAUAAUACAUCCUUUCCCCUCACUGUUCACAUUUGAAGCAUUUGGGAAAGAAACAUUGUAACAGUGUUUGAUAAUGAAUUACUUUUGUCCAAAAAAUAAACAUCUGAUAUUCUGUUUUAUAAA